UGCAGUAGGAUUCAGUGGGAACAGUGGUCGUGAUUGGCAGAAUAACAGAAAGGGGUUAUUCUCUGGAUCCUUCUAUAGCACCUGUGUAUGCUCCCCAUCCUCGCUCAAGCUUCUGGCAAUAAAAAGUCUCCUUAAAGAUGAAGCCCUUUCUAUCGCUGCUCUGAAGACCCUGCCCAUGGAACUCUUCCCACCAGUUUUUAAAGUCGCCUUCGAUGGCAAACAAACAAACAUCCUGAGGGCCAUGGUGGCAGCCUGGCACUUCAGAUGCCUUCCCAUGGGAGCCCUGAUGAAGACCCAUGACCUGGAAAUUUUGAAGGCAGUGCUGGAUGGCCUUGACAUGCUGAUUAAUCAGAAGGAUCGACCUAGGAGUUGCAAACUAGAAGUCCUUGAUUUUCGGGAUGCCCAGCAUAACUUCUGGAAGGUGUGGGCUGGAACAGAGGAUGGUGUCUGCUCUCCAAAUGUGGUUAGUGAGAGUCAACCAGUGGUGCGUCAUCCCAUUCGACAGGGAAAACAGGUUGUGACCGUGAUGAUAAAUCUUUCCCUCAAGUCCAGGGAUCUCUGUAAAUCCCUAAAAUAUUUCCACUUGUGGGUCAAGCAGAGGAAAGAUGUUCUGCAGGUGAUCUGUGAAAAGCUGGAGUUUGGGGUCUUCCCUGUCUAUAAGCCCCUAAACCUGCUGGAGGUAUUUGAGCCAAGCUGUAUACAGGAAUUGGCAGUGAAAGCAUGCUGGGACCUGAGAACCCUUUCGAUGUUUGCCCCUGGCCUGGGCCAGAUGAGAAACCUUCAGAAACUCCUUGUCAAUGAAAUCUUCACACCUUUGGAUUGGUUUAGGAACCGAGAGAGGAAAGAAUGGUGUUCUAGAGAGAUAAUUUCGCAGUUCUCCCAUCUCACCAAGCUCCAACAUCUCUAUUUGAAUGGUAUCUUUUUCUUGAAUGAAAGACUGGACCAAGUGCUCAGGUACUUGGAAAGUCCCUUAGAGACCCUUGCAAUCACUCGCUGCAAGCUAUCAGAAUCAGACAUGAGGUAUCUGUCGCAGUGUCCAAGCGUCAGUCAACUCACAUACCUGGACCUGAGUGGUGUCACUUUUUUAUAUUUAAGUAAUCCACUCCUAGGAAGACUGUUGGAGAAUGUGACAGCUACACUGCAGACAUUAAAAUUGAAGGGUUGUAUGCUCAUGAACUUCCAAAUCGAUGACCUCCUCCCAGCACUGAGUCAGUGCUCUCAGUUGGUUGAGGUGAAUUUUGUGCACAACUUGCUGUCUGUGUCCAGUCUCAAGAAGCUGCUGCAGCAUACUGCUAACCUGAGAAAGCUGACCCUGGAGAUGUACCCUGCCCCUACUGAAGUCUAUAAUGACACUGGUGAUGUCAUGCCAGACAGAUUUGUCCAGCACUGUUCUGAACUCUUGGAAACUCUCAGAGGUGUUAGAGAACCAAAAGAGAUAUAUUUUGUUAGUAAGAGAUGUUCAUAUUGCAGGGGAUUCUGUGUCUCUGACCCGGAG